GAACAUGGGGAGAAAAGAAUUGUAGAGCCGAGUCUCAACAGAACUCACUAGCGUACCUGACUUCGAAAGCUUGCCUGUUGCCGAGGCAUUCAACUUGUUUGAGUGGGCUAGCCGUCAUCUACGCCUUGAUCCAUGGUGGUGGUCUCGCGUUUGUUCUUAUUUGACAACUCCUGAGUCUACUUCGCGAUCACGGAACGCUUGCUUUACUUAAGUAUGAUGAUAUUUUCUCGGAUAUCAAGAACGAAUCUCAAAGGUAGCCUGAACGGAUGUCGAUGGUUGCUCUGGAGUCGAGACCAGAACCAUCAAGGUCUUUUCUCGCAUUACUGUCAGUCACCUGGAGGCUCUACGGUCAAGGUUCUGAGAAGUUUAGCUUUUUCAAAGGGUCUUCUAAAAUUGGAUAAUACUGGCCAUCAAAUCCAUUAUCAGGCCAGCUCCAUUGUUGAGGAUCAACUUGACCCAUUUUCUCUGGUUGCCGAUGAACUAUCACUUGUUGGUAACAGGUUGCGAGCAAUGGUAGUAGCUGAGGUUCCUCAGCUUGCUUCAGCUGCUGAGUACUUCUUCAAAAUGGGAGUGGAAGGGAAAAGAUUUCGCCCUGCAGUUUUAUUGUUGAUGUCGACAGCAUUAAAUCUGCCCCUUGCUCCUAAUGAGCUGGCAGGCACUUUGACAACAGAACUUCGUUCAAGACAACAAAGAAUAGCUGAAAUAACAGAAAUGAUCCAUGUGGCUAGCCUUCUUCAUGAUGAUGUUCUGGAUGAUGCAGAUACAAGACGUGGUAUUAGCUCAUUAAAUUCUGUAAUGGGAAAUAAGUUGGCAGUGUUAGCUGGAAAUUUUUUGCUUUCCCGGGCUUGUGUUACUCUAGCUUCUUUGAAACACAACGAGGUUGUAUAUUUGAUGGCAAAAGCUGUAGAGCAUCUUGUAAGAGGGGAGACCAAGCAGAUGACUACUUCUUCUGAUCAACAGUGUAGUAUGGAAUAUCAUAUGGAAAAAACAUACUACAAGACUGCAUCAUUAAUUUCAAACAGCUGCAAGGCAAUUGCGCUGCUUGCAGGACAAGCAACAGAGGUUGCAACGUUGGCUUUUGAGUAUGGGAAAAAUAUGGGUUUGGCAUAUCAACUGAUAGAUGAUGUCCUUGAUUUCACAGGCACAUCAGCUUCUCUUGGGAAAGGCUCUUUAUCAGACAUUCACCAUGGCAUUGUAACAGCUCCAUUAUUGUUUGCGAUGGAGGAAUUCCCUCAGCUGCGCAGAGUUAUUGAAAGGGGCUUUGACAACCCUGCAAAUGUUGAUCUUGCUCUGGAUUAUCUUGGAAAGAGCCGAGGUUUACAGAAGGCAAGGGAGUUAGCCUUGAAGCAUGCUAAGCUUGCAGCAUCAGCAAUCGAUUCCCUGCCUGCGAGUGAUGAUGAUGAAGUAAGAAAAUCAAGGAGAGCUUUGGUUGAUCUUACUCACAGAGUUAUAACAAGAACCAAAUGAAAAAGGAACACAAUUGCGGUCAAAUGCAUAAACAAUAGGGUCUGGGCCGAGUCAUAGGGUCUAAAUUAAAGUAAGCUUAUAUAAUUUAUGGCUUAUAAAUAGUGCAGUUUCCUCAUCAUCAAUAACUGCCAAUGUUGUAAUUCAGAUUUUUUGUCAUUGUUGCUAGACUGGGAGGCCAAAUCCAUACUGCCUUAUGUUUAUGUCGUUGUUCCAUCUCCUUGCCAAGCGUUUUAGAUUAACUGUGUCUGGUUCACACAUUUCUCUAUUUAUCAAUCGACCAAUGCAUCCAUUUA